AUUUUUCGGUGUUGUUAGUUUUGUAACAGUGAUUGUAGAGCAGCAACAGCACUGCCUACUUUCUUUUCAUUCAAUUCUGCUUCACCAUCAACUCUUCCCAUUUUUCUAAUUGUUUUGACAACGUCUGCCAGUGUCAUUUCCUACUGAGCUCAGCAUGAGUUAACCAAAGGUUCUGCUGCUCAGCUCCACUCUACCCGGCCUUUCAGGGUACCAACCCCAGUUCAGGUACUCUGUUGCUUCCUGAAAAUGACUAAGUAAAUGGUCCUUUUGGCCGUCUCUCUGAAGUGAAGUCUUUUGAAUAAUACGACUACUGGUAAGGACGGUGUUCCUUCUUGUGCCUAAAUGUAGUGUUAGAAUUUUAUCAGUUUGGUAUUCCUAGUUGGUCAUUCAGGUCAGCUGGGAAAACCGACUGUCAUCAUCUUUAAUCUGGACAAUGGUGUUGGGCAAGGCACUUACUUAUCUCAACUUUGUUUAAUAUAUAUGAGAAUAAUCAGGUGUUGAAUUGGCUUUAUGGUUGCCAGUAUGGUGGUAAACUGCCUUAUGUUUGCAGAUGACUUGGUGGUUUUUAAUCAACAGUUCCAUUAUGUGUGCUCUGCUUGUGGGUUUGAGAUGAAUUACAAUGUUUACGAAAUGUGUGAUAAUGAUUUAUAAAACUAUGGAAAAAAUCAUAUGAACUUUACUUACCGUAAAUCCUCUAAUACAGCCCGGUAUUCAAUUAAAGGCCGGGUCUCAUAUUUUGGCCGGUGCCGGAGUCGGCGGAGGUGAAUAAUGGCCGGUCUCUUAUUGUGGCCGGGUGGAAUGUGGUAACAAGCAAGUACGGGGGCGGUUGUGUCAUCGUCUCACUUUUGAUUUGCCAGUGAUAGACCGCGAGGGUAACUUUAACCGUGCGGAGACGAAGAGGAGGCGAAGAUUUGAUAUCAAGUUCAAAGAGAACGUGCGCUGCAGAACACUGGGGAGCAAUAGGGGUUGUAUGAACUAGUCGACUUCACUAUAGUGACUUUUUAUGCCUGUCAUCGACUAGUCGCUGUCACGUGAUAAUGACCGGCAAGAUGCAGCCCUCGGAAAAGACAGCAGCCUGCUGUCAGCAGGUGACAAGCUCCUGCGCAUCGGGGGGCAACGCGCUGUGCCAGAACGUCGGUACUGACACGCGAUCGUUCAUGUCGGUUCAUUUCCUUUAAUGUUUUCUGUCUUUUAUUUGCGCCUGAUGUGUUUCGCUGCUGUGGAGCGGGGCGCAUCACCUUGUCAUCCGGUGACGCACCGAUCACUGAUGCGGCCGCCAAGCAGGGAGCACUCCGCUGUUUUUGCGGUCAGUAGAUCUGCAUCCAUCAAAUCAGGUGUCGCCACCUCAAAAACUAAUUUAACACGCGAUCGUUCAUGUCGGUUCAUUUCCUUUAAUGUUUUCUGUCUUUUAUUUGCGCCUGAUGCGUUUCACUGUGGAGCGGGGCGCAUCACCUUGUCCUCCGGUGACGCACCGAUCACUGAUGCGGCUGCCAAGCAGGGAGCACUCCGCUGUUUUUGCGGUCGGUAGAUCUGCAUCCAUCAAAUCAGGUGUCGCCACCUCAAAAACUAAUUUAACACGCGAUCGUUCAUGUCGGUUCAUUUCCUUUAAUGUUUUCUGUCUUUUAUUUGCGCCUGAUGCGUUUCGCUGUGGAUCGGGACGCAUCACCUGUUUUGUCCUCGGUGACGUACCGAUCACUGAUGUGGCCGGCCAGCAGCUCGCACUCCGCUGUUUUUGUGGUCGGUAGAUCUUUUAGAACUGCAGUUCAAAGGUAACUCAUAAGGUGAAUAUAUCUGGACCCAGGUAGCAGUUUCUCUUUAGGAUUGAGAGGAGAUGCAGGAAGAUAAUAAACAGGCAGGACAGAAAAAUAGUCAAAUAAAAACAAGUUAGUUUUUGUACCUGCUGUUGCAACAAACAGACACCACUGAAGGUAAUCAGAAGUGAGGAACAGAAAAUGAAAUAAUUAUUUUAAUGUUUAGAGCAGCAGGAACUCCGAGAGGCUGCAGGCGCAUCAGUGAGUUUGCGGCCGCUGCGCAGGGGGAGGGGGGAGAGGGCUGAAGCAGAAACUACCGUUGUUAAAAGAAAUGUGUUUAACUUUGAAAAUGUGGACGCAAUUUUAAUCGUGAAAAACUCCAGCGAACCAUUAGUUCAUUUUGCUCAAAUAGAAAUAGAGGCCUGCCUCUAAUUCUGGCCCUCCUUCCAAUAAAGGCCUGGAGCUUGAUGAGCUUGAGUCAAAUACAGGCCCGGGCCUCUAUUAGAGGAGUUACGGUAUUUUUAACGAGAGGGUGAUAUUGUGCAUGCUGGUAUUUGUGUUAAAUAUGUUGGAAGUAAGAUUACUGGUCAGUUUACAGAUAAUGAGAAUAGCAGUCUUGCAGGUGUAUGCAUAUCUUUGCUUGUUGUACUUGCUUGUAUUCCGUUUACCAUUGGGUCAGUCAUGCAAUCAGAGACUGUAAGUUGCAGGGUACUUUUUAAAAAGUCUCGCUGGAAUAGUGCUGGUGAACUGUUCUUGACUGCUGAAGCCAACUCCCUUCAAGCUAUUGUGAGAAAUUAUGUUGCAUAAAUUCAUCAACAGAUUAAAAGCAUCUACUAUGUGUUGAUUUUUCUGUUGUCAAACAUUCACUUAUUGCCCUCCGCUAUCAGUCUAAGCUCAGUAAACAACUGUACAGCUGUCGUAGCACAUGCAGGUUAUCUUUAUGUGUUUUAUAUAGUACCUUUGUAGUUUUUAUAGGUUUAUAUAGUCACUUUCUUUAAAUAUAAACUGAACCUUGAGUCUGCAAUAAUGAUUAUCUACCUAUCUACAUUAAGGAUUUGUGUUUACAACUGCACAUCCUUUAAUGCCGUAGACAAACAUAAUAAGUGGAGUAAGUGAUCCCUAUCGUAAAACACCCAAGAGUGCUAACACCAGAUAUAACUGACAGAUUCAUAACUGGCAACAGCCUUGAAACUCACAGAACGCCAGUGAGAAAGUGAUAUUUUUGCUUAAAAAUGUGGACUGUGAUACCCACAUUUGACCACAGGAUGUUAGUCUUCCAAACUGCACCUUUAAACGUUUUAUUUACAAAGUAUUUUUGCUUUAAAGUAUGUUACUGUGUUAUGAUGAACAACUGAAAGCAGUUGCAUAACCUAACAAAUCCCAGUGCUAAUGCUGAGUUCAAAUAUACACUUGUGUUAGAUGGUGCAAUUAUCUCUGACCUGUUCAAUAACCAUUUUAUUACUUUGGUUAAAGAACUAACGUGCCAAUUCACCAGGAAGACGACCCCUAUAUCAACAGAGGAUGACCUGUUUGAGAAGAGGGAAGUGGCUUCUGCCACCCUUUUUAAAGUUAUAAAUAAUCAAAAUCUUGCUAAAGAUAUGUGCAACCUAGACUCUGCAUUCUUAAAAAAGAAUAGUAUUGUCUUUGCCACCCCCUUACUCAUAUAAUUAAUGUAUCCAUCCAAACAGUUUAGUUCCCGGAUCGCUGGGACCAGCCGCUGGUGAAACCCAUCUUUAAAUCUGGGAACACACAAGACCAAACUAACUAUAGGCCUAUCAGUCUCUUACCAAUCAUGUCAAAAGUCCUGGGGAAAAAAAAUUCUGACCAGCUCCUAGAAUAUUUAUUAAAUCAUAACAUGCUACACCCUCUUCAGUUUGGCUUCAGACAAAAUCAUUGAACAGAAAAAUCUGUCUCUUAUUAGAACAGUUCAAACAAUCACUUGAUGAAGGAAAUAAUGUAUGUGUUGUGUUUCUGGAAUUGAAAAAAGGCCUUUGACAACAUAUGUCAGGAUCUGCCCCAAGCCCUCUGACUCUUGGUCUCGUUUACCCCUAAUGAGUUGUUUGUUGGACUCAACUGCCCCUUGUUAUCCUACUCAUGUGUUUCUGGCUAUCCUUGUGUAUUUAAACCCCCUUCAUUGCACUUGUCCUUAAUCAGAUCAUUGUUGUGUUUUCACCCUGUUACGUUGCUCCUGUCGUAUUGUAACGUCCAGAAAGGGUCGAUUUUGACCUAUAUAUUGACCUACAUAGUGACCGGUCAUCUACAGAAACAAUUCCCCAAUCUAGGUGGAUUUUCUAUUCGAUCUUCUAACAUCCAGAAGAUUCUGCAGUGCUUGUUGACAUUCCAUGAAGACAAGAUUGUCAAACUAGGUCUCCAAACAAAUGCCUGUCCUCUUUUCUCAGACUGCUGGAUUCCACACUCUGAAUAAAAAGUGAACUUUUACAACUCAUAAGUUAAAUAAUCAUAUGGUUGAAUGAACCAGAUGUUAAAUGAAAUGUUUGAAUAAUCUGUGCCUAAUUCAGUGAAGUUGAAAUGAAUAUUGUCUUAGAAUGAUCCAUUUAUAUCUUAUGAUCAGUACUGGUUAUUUAACAAGUUCGUCAUUAUCUACACUCAUACACGAUGUUCAUUAGAUGCAAAUUAAGGUUAAGGUCGCCUCACAUAAAGUUUAAAGAUUCUUUAUCCACAGAACUAGAACAGCUUGUAACUGGAAGGUGCGGUUUUCUGAGGGAUGUUUGGUAAAGCCUACAAACAUAUCAAAUUCUGAUUUGCCAGAAUCAUAACAAGUGGAUUAUUAAAACGAGAAUGACUUCCCGAGUUAUUCAGUUUGGAGCGGAACUCUGAAGUGGCCGAUUUAGAACCAGCCUCCUAGAGACACCUUUCUCUUUGACACACAGUCAAACCUGUUGGCACACCGCCAGCUGACACAGCCAUACGGCUCCUUAAGAGCACAUCCGUGUUAGAUGCAACAAACCGUCCUGCCUGUUGUGACCUGGAGACUUCUCAAGACCGGACUGGUUGCACUGCGGUUAAUCUACAAACUUCGGUGCCUUGAGGUCCACGCAACUUCCUGAUAUUCCGGAUCAGACCGGGGAUCUCCGAUCAGGGUUUGUAAACACAACAGAUUGCGUCUGAUGUUGUUUUAUUAAUAAUCAACUCUCUAGUUUAUAGCAGACAACAAAUUAUUUUACACCCAGAAUUCACAAUCUCUUUCAGAUACAAAGGUUCUGAUACACAUUUACUUUACACCACACCACCUAAAACUCACAUUCCAUAUACACUACAUCACAUAUCAUUAUUCAUAGCUUGUCUUGUAUUAUCAUUAGUUUAGAAAAGAAUAAAAUUCCUUUUAACUAUAUACUUGACUCUGCCUGAAUUAAUACGAAGUGUGUUUAUGGUCGCUGAACAAGCAAAGAAUCCUAAACUCUUCUGGUUAAACAUUCGAAGAUCAAUCAGGUUGAUCUUUCACAUUUAUAUGGAAACAUCACAUCUUAUUGGUCAUAAUUAAAUAUGCAGUCGUUGCACUAUAAAGUGUGACUGCUACAGUGUCAUCCUACCUGCCAUUACUCAUUAAAUCCAUUUUUUUUUUUACUUGAUCUGGCAUUUACUGGAUUUCUGCCUCCUGGUCCAGCUCCACCGCACAUGGGUCCACCACCAUCUACACUGCACCAUGACACCAUAUACCAUAGUAUAUUCAUAUCAAAACUCUUCUCUUUCCAUUUCUCAAAGCGCUCGGCCUCUUGGUUUCAAUCAUAUUUACAGAAUUGGGAACAAUGUGCCAUUAUCAAUAAUUGUAAGUCUAAUCUUCCAAAAAUUGAAACUGGCAUCCCACAAGGAACACUACUAGGUCCUAUUCUUUUCAAUUUAUAUAUCAACAACCUUCCAGACGCAUCUCCUGAGGUCAGUCUACAGAUGGAUGCAGAUGACGCUACUGUCCGUGUAUCUGGCAAAGAUUGCGACAGUUUAACGACGAUUCCGCUUAGCUACAGGAUGAAUUCUUAACACACAAAAAAAAUUGUAUUUGCUUCUCCAAAAAAGAUUCUGCCACAAACAUCUUGAAAACUUCUAUAAAUGGAGAAUUAAUUGGAAUAAUUUUAGACUCUCAGUUAAAUUUUAAGUCAUGCAAAAAAAAACUGCAAGGUUGUCAGAAAAAAUGUUAUCUAUUUUAAGAUCAUAAGAUACUGCCAGAAACCAGAAUGUGCACGGAUAUUUUUAAAUUCUAUGAUCUUCUCUCAUUUGUCUUGCGGAGCUACGGUAUGGUCACAGACUAACCAGACCACACUUAAACCUCCGGAGAGCCUUCAUAACAGGGCCCUGAAGAUUCUAGACAUAAAGUGUACCAUCAUCGUAACAUACUGUUAAAUUACAGCCUUUUAACAUUCAUAAAUUCUAUUCAUUUUGAGUUUUUUUUUAUGAAUUAAUGGAAUGGCACCAAAACCCCCGUGUGGCUAAGCUAACGAGCUGCACAAGAGCAGCCUGAAAAUUGCAAUUGUACCGUACCGUAAAACCAACUUUGCCCAGACUACACUGUCAGUGAAAGGUGUAUGGCUUUGGGAUAUGCUUCCCAUCAAUUUGAAAUCCCUCACUAGUUUUUACUCUUUUAGAAAGCAAACCAAAUACUGGCUGUCCCGCAUUUCAUAGAUUUAACUGUUAUUUGCCUUUUCCUUUGCUAUAAUUUUUCUGUCUUAAACUGAUUAUUUUAUUGUACACAUUUGUUUUAUUUCUUCUUAAUUUAUGAUUAUAAAAGUCGAUCUAGGGACAAAUGCUGCAAAUUAGUGUGAGCGAAGGUCAUUUUGCUACAAAUGGGGCUGGGAUUUGACUGUUUGUUUGUACUUGUAUCUGUCCCUGUUGAAGCAAACGAAAUUAAAACAAAAUUAAGAUAAAAUAAUAUAACUAAUUCUGCAUAUUAUAACAUUUCGAUUCUAUGUUAUAUUUGUAUCAAAAAUUAGGCUAUUAAGUAUUUCAUUCUGGGGCUUCUCUAUAUCAGCUUAAAUAUCCGAUGUUUCUUGGUACUGAAGUGUUUGGAUUUUGAGCUAAAAGGAUGAUUAAAGAUGAUGUGGGGCUUUUUAUCUCUGGAUUGACAUUAUUAUCUUUAUCAGAGCUCUGUAAAUUGCAGAGUUAAAAAAAUAUGAAGUACUUGCACAAAACACACGUUUUUGUGGAUUUCGGAUGAAUGAAACAUCUAAAAUCCUGACUUUUAUUUAAAUUAAGCUUUAGAGUUUGAUUUUGUUGUUAAAAUGUGUGUGUGUGUGUGUGUGUGUGUGUGUGUGUGUGUGUGUGUGUGUGUGUGUGUGUGUGUGUGUGUGUGUGUGUGUGUGUGUGUGUGUGUGUGUGUGUGUGUGUGUGUGUGUGAUUGGCUUUUUAGGUGGAAGAUUAAAGAGCGGAUAACACCCUGAACAUUGACCCUGGAAAGUCAGCAUCAGAAGAUCGGUUAAACCAUAACCUGUAGACGUCAGGACCCUAAAAAGGAUACUUCCCUGUUGAUGCUGACAACUCUUCAAAAGAAGCAUUGUCAUGACUUAAGCUGAGGAUAUUUGUAAGUCAAGUCCUCCUCCUCUGAAGACUAGAGACACCAGGGUAAGCGGUUAGAACCAUGAGGUCAGCUGGGCUCAUCUGGAUUCAUCACGAUGCUGCACUGAUCAGCUGAACUUCCUAAAUUUUCCAUGACCAACUUUGACUUUAACAAUAUGCCGCUAGUGAAAGGAAACAGAGCCAGGACCUUCGCUAUCUUGUCCUGUGGCAUUACUUUUACAAUGCUCGUGUUUAGCUACACUUUCAGUGAUCCCUCACUCGAUUUCUUCAAAUACGCUUCUCGGCUCUCAGAUAGCUUCUUCUCCAAAGGACUGUGUGCCUGUCAGCAAUGCAUCGCAGAACUGGAGGGUGACCCAUGGUUUGCAGAGCACUUCAAUCAGUCCAUCCACCCUCUGAUGACCAGGGAGAACAGUAUCCUCUCAGAAGAGACCUUCAGGUGGUGGCAGUGGUUACAGUCGGAGACGCAGCCGGCCAACUUCAGCGAAGUGGUGGAGGAGCUGUUCCAAGUCAUCCCUGAUGAGGUACUUUACAUGGACGCCAGCCCUGAUCGCUGCAGGACCUGUUCUGUGGUGGGGAACUCUGGAAAUCUGAAGGGGUCCCGUUAUGGCCACCUCAUCGACUCCAGUGAUUUCAUUAUAAGAAUGAACCAGGGUCCUACACGUGGCUUUGAGGAAGAUGUAGGAACCAAAACAACUCAUCACCUCAUGUACCCAGAAAGUGCCAUCAACUUGGACAAUACCACCAGUCUGAUACUGGUCCCUUUCAAGACUCUGGAUUUGCAGUGGAUCAUUAGUGCUCUGACCACAGGCACUAUAAAACACACAUAUUUACCUGUUAUGUCAAAGAUAAAGGCAAACAGAGACAAGGUGUUGAUUUACAAUCCAACAUUUUUAAAAUAUGUCUACGAGUCCUGGCUUGAAGGUCAUGGACGAUACCCUUCAACUGGCUUCCUGGGUUUGAUGCUCGCUGUUCACUUAUGCGAUGAAGUCAGUGUGUUUGGAUUUGGUGCUGACCAGUAUGGAAACUGGCACCACUACUGGGAGAAGAACCAUAUGGCUGGAGCUCACAGACACACAGGAGUCCAUAAUGGAGAUUAUGAAUAUAAUGUCACCUUGUUACUGCAGGACAAGCACAAAAUCCAAAUGUUUAAAGGCAGAUAACAGCAAGCGAGAGACAGCAACUGGAAAUGAACUUUUUUUUUACUUUUUUGGUGUCCUCAGAUGUUUUUUAAUCCAAUUUCCUUUUAAUUGCAUAAAUUGCUAAAUAACAAAUGUCAUUUUCAUUACAUAAAUCUUUAUCAUCAAUAAAACAGUUCAGUGAAGUGGAUAUAGGAGCACUGCCUCUUUUCAGAAAUCUAAGAUGCAUCUGGAAUGAAGUAAAGUAAGAAUGAAAAAACGUGAUCUUUGCCAGGAGGCAUUUUGUAAUUAAAGGUUGUGGCACUGUGCCCAUUUAAGGCUUGUUAGCUAAUGGUCACUAAAAAAAUAAAAAGCUCUUCUGUCAGCAGCAGAAAAAUAAAGUGCCACAUUAUGCUUUUAAAAUAGAGAGUGGGAGUUAGUGCUGAACGUAAUAUCUAGGUGUUUGACUAAUGGGAUUACCUUUAAUCAGAUCUACGUUGGGGAAGGUUGUUGUUGAUUUAGCAUCCAGCUAGUAGAAGCUAACCAUUAGCAUUAGCAUCUCCACCACACAUCAGAACAUUUUUAGGCUUGUGUUAUUUAUUGAGAUAAAACAUCACUGUUGUAAAGAAAACAGAGUUAGUGGUAGGGUCGUGUUGCUGUUACCCCUGCUUUCCACCGGAGCCGUCAGCAGCACGUUACUGCAGCAGCACGUCAGAGCUGCUGAUAGGGACCGCUGUGGUCAACAGAACCUUUUCCACCGGAGCCGUCAGCAGCACGAGUCGGCCGCGUCUCAGGAGCAGCAUGUCGCGGCCUUUACCCCGGGUUUCCACGGGAGCCGUCAGCAGCACGUUACUGCAGCAGCACGUCUUGCUUGCGUAAGCUGCUGCUUGGCCAUUCCCACGAGACGCGAAGCAGCAGGGGAGCAGCUGUCACCGACAGAGCACGAAGUCACACGAGUGACUUCAUCAGUAAACACAACAACAAGCAGGAGAAAACUACAACAUGGUUUGUGUUUUAUGUUCUGUCCGUUUUAUAAUCGCCAAUAUGGACCUGAAAAACAAAGGAGACCGCUAGCUAGGUGAUAACUUCUCACGGGGCCGCACAUUUAGUACCUUUUUUUAAAAGUAAGGCAACCGGAAGGCAGUACGUUCUUUAUUCUGAAAAUCUCUGUAGCUUCUCUCCAUUUCCGCGUCAGAUUUCCUGUCUUUCCUUCCCCAAAAAUGUCGAACUUGACCCGUUUCAGAGGCGUCGCGCUUAGAAAAUAGAACCGGCGUGUAAAGGCCGCGACAUGCUGCUCCUGAGACGCGGCCGACUCGCGCUGCUGACGGCUGCCGACGGCUCCAGUGGAAAAGGUUCUGUUGACCACAGCGGUUCCUAUCAGCAGCUAUGACGUGCUGCCGCAGUAACGUGCUGCUGACGGCUCCGGUGGAAAGCCGGGGUCACGCGCCGGUUCUAUUUUCUACGCGCGACGCCUCUGAAACGGGUCAAGUUCGACAUUUUUGGGGAAGGAAAGACGGGAAAUCGGACGCAGAAAUGGAGAGAAGCUACAGAGAUUUUCAGAAUAAAGAACGUACUGCCUUCCGGUUGCCUUACUUUUAAAAAAAGUUACUAACUGUGCGUCCCCGUGAGAAGUUAUCACCUAGCUAGCGGUCUCCUUUGUUUUUCAGGUCCGUAUUGGCGAUUAUAAAAUGGGCAGAACAUAAAACACAAACCUUUUGGUGCCAUGCUGUAAUUUUCUCCUGCUUGUUGUUGUGUUUACUGACGAAGUCACUCGUGUGACUUCGUGCUCGGUCGGUGACAGCUGCUCCCCUGCUGCUACACGUCUCUGGUGGGAAGGGCCAAGCAGCAGCUUACGCGAGCAAGACGUGCUGCUGCAGUAACGUGCUGCUGACGGCUCCGGUGGAAAGGAGGGGUGAAGCAAGAUAUCUGAAUAUCAGGAAAUAAGACUAAAUCCUGCUGUUUUCUGCGCCCCACUCCUCUGGCUAACUUCUACUUUCUGAAAUAGGAGCACAGAAGUUUUUUAAAGUGAUCCUUUAAGGAGGCAUUCAUCCAUAUCAAUAUUGGGGAAAAAUGAGUGAACCUGGUCUUUGACAUUUUUGGCUUUGAGGGAUGGGGAAAGUCUAGAAGAUGUGAAGCGCAGUGAAGGAAUCUUUUCAUUAACAUUUCAAAAAGACACAUUAAAAAAAACACUACAGGUUAAAUAAAUAUGGGAUGUUUUUGUUAUACAGUUUAUUAUGAACACCUAGCAUGAUAUAGCCUACACACGGAUGCCUUACAAACAAAGUGCACGUGAUAUAUGGGCACUGCGACAAACAUUUCAUGGAUAUAAAGUGCCUUUACUGAUGUAAUUAUCCCAUCCAAAUGCACUGUAUUAUAUUUUUUUGUAUUAAAUGUAUUUUGCAGUUAGCAAUGUUUACUAAUGUAUGUUUGUUUCCAGGCUAUAUGUUUAGAGAAUAUUUUUGAUGUUAGUGCAGUCUAGGCCAUUUUAAAGCUGCUAGCUAAUCUACAGAACAAGCUAGGUUUUGAACACAAACACGGAACGCUCACCCCUCCUCUCGGGUAUCUUUUCUGAGAUGCUUCUGCCGGAGCCAGAAACCCACAAUGCCAGAGGAAAAGAGAGCGCUAAACACAAUUUUUUUUAGGUCCAAACGUCUUUUGAUGUCCAUGACUUCAGAUGGUGUUUUUGUUUUCGUGACUCUUAAUAGUUUGUCCUAAAGUUGAAGUGGUAGCAGCCGGCUGUUUCUCCUCAAUAUUAUUGAGCCGAGAAUGUCUCACACCAGAGGUGUUCUGUUGCUAAAUAUUUAUGUAAUAAUGUGAGGACCCGGGAAGUGCAGCGGUUUGGCGAGACCAACAAUCAGAUGGUGUAAUAGUUGCUUUUGAGCUACCGGUAUGUUAUUAACGUAGGUUUUUAGACAAAUGCGGGAGAACUACUUUUUUUUUGUUUAAUCUCCACAAUAUUAUAGCUGUACUGUGUUAGAAUGUUGUUAAUAGGAAUGAAAAAAUAUUUUAAGCUAAUCUUUUUCCUAAAUUUGUUUUUCAUAUUUCUAUAGCAGCUUUAAGUUCAUUUUAGUUGUAAAUGAACGCCACUAUGUGUGAGUCAGGCUUGAACAUGUAACUUGCUAUUAUUCAGUGUGUGGUGCAAUACCUGUUUCCACAUUCCUAUUUUUACCUAUGUAUUCUUGGUAUUUCAAAGUUGCCUUUUUGCUUGGGUGCUGUAACCUCACAGGCCAAUGGUUUGAUCCACGUGCCUUGAAUAUUUGUCAUAAUCCAGUCUGAGAGAGUAAAACUAGACUUUAACAUUUGACCUAUUUUAUCUGCCAAAGGUUAUAGUAUGCCCAAAAGGCAGUAUUCAUUUUUUCAUUUGUUUUACAGAGACUGCUGUCAUCUAGUGGACAGUAACGUGAUUUUAACACACAUAAUGGUUUUUUUUUUUUGCUGCCAUAGUUGAAUGAACAAAGGUGCAAAUUAUCUUAACCAGUUAAAGGAUGCACAGUGGCGUGCCAUUCUCAGUGUUGUCUAACUUAUCGCUGUUGUUCACUGUAGAAAUAAAAUAUUUUCCCCUUUAC